AUGGAUCGCUACACGAAUAUGGACUAUUCGAAGAAGGAGUUGGAUGCAGAGGCCAUGGACCAGCUGGUAACUUUGUCCGCGUGCUUUCACACCCGCAGAGUGGACUACCUGCAGAUGUUCACUACAAGCGAGUCACUCCUGGGCAAGUUCUAUCACACUUGGACAAAGUCCACGAGAGAGGCGACAGAGAAGUUCGAGAACAUGUUCUGCUCGCAGUUUGCGGCGCUGAUGGUGAUGGUCUGGGAUGGAUCGCUUCAGAUGAACAGGGACAAGACCAUCACGCCUGUGAACACAUCCGCUGUGCGCAUGCACUUUGCAGGUGCCAGGGAGCUGCUCCCCGGGGACUUCGACCCCGGGGACGUCCUCAGAAUCGAGAACGGCCACUUCGACGAGACGUAUCAACUCCAGAUUCCCUAUGAUCACUACCAGAAGUACGACGAUCUGGCUGCGCGGCAAGAAGCCGAGUCCUUGUUUGUCCGCGGCCAGACGAAGAACGAUCUCAUGCGAACAUGCCUCGCAAAGCUUCCGUCCGUGGAGUAUGUCAACGAGCACUUGCCGACGUUUGCACACAAAAUGCAGGAAUGGUUGCACAAGCACACCUGCGACACAAAGUGUGGAGCAUAUCACAUGGAGCUUCCGGCCAAGACGCUGCCGAGGGAGAAAGAGCCCAGCAGGACUAUCACCACAGGUUCUGUAUGGCCGACUGUGCCGUCGUUGAGGCCGGCAGCGAGUCAUGCUCUCAUCGAGGCAAGGGAUUCAACAAGGUCGCCAAGCAAAUGGUAG